GUUUAGUCUAAAAUAGUCAGCUGGAAAACGAUGAUGUUCGUCUAGAUAAAUGUGAUUGAAACUGGUCUACACCCAUUUAAACAAUCACGUGCCAAUACAACCAAGAUGUUCCCGAUAUUCUUGUUCCUGGUUUGGUCGGGAGGGAUUCAAUCCCAGGAAUUCACCAGGGAAGAGCGUGCAGCGCUAAUGGAACUAAUGAAUGCUGGGAUUAUGGAUGAAAAUAUGGAGUUUCUAUUGGAUGAAAACCUUGCUUUAGGUGGCAUUGUGAAGCCUGAUUAUGAGGUUUAUGAUGAAGAUAUUUAUGAAGAUGAUAUAUAUAAUUAUGAUGAUGAUGUUGAAAGGAUUGAUGAAGGAGAGGAUCGUGGUGGGCCAAGAAAGAAAAAGAAGAGGCCAAUAAUAAAAGGUCGUAAACGUAAUAAGAAUAAUAUAUUUAGUCCUUUUCAAGGAGGUAGAAGAGAUGGAGCACAAUCACAUGGACAUCAAUCACCCCCAAGCCCUGGAUAUGGUCCCCCUAAGCCAUCUUAUGGUCCUCCAAAACCAUCCUAUGGUCCACCUAAGCCAUCAUAUGGUCCACCAAAACCAUCUUACAGACCGCCAAAACCAACCUAUCACAAACCAAAGCCCUCCUAUGGUCCACCAAGACCAUCGUAUGGCCCUCCAAAACCAUCUUAUGGACCUCCAAGGCCAUCAUACCAUCAACCUAAACCGUCUUAUGGAGCUCCUCCUAAAUCUCCGCCAAAGCAUAAUUCCAAUCCAGCUCCUGAGAAGGAAAUAGAUCCCUAUGGUGCUCCUCAAGCUCCUCCUCUUGAUGGUGUUGCUGAAUCUGCAGCUGAAGAAUAUGGUUCCCCAGAAGCUCCCCCCUCAAGCAGCUAUGUUGAGCCUCAAGAGGUUGAAGAUUCAUAUUCUAAACCAGUAGAGGCUGAACAGUCAUACUCUCAGCCUCAGGAAGCUGAAGCUGCAGCAGAGGAAUAUGGUUCGCCAGAAGCUCCACCCACAAGCAGUUAUGUUGAACCACAAGAGGCUGAGGACUCAUAUACUAAGCCACAAGAGGCAGAAGCAUCAUAUUCAGCUCCUGAACCCGCAAAAGAAAGUCCCAAGCCACGUCCCUCCUACCAACAAAAGCCCACAUAUCAAAAGCCCAAACCUUCUUAUCAUCCCAAACCACAAUACAAACCAUCUUACAAACCUCGACCUUCUUACCAUCCCAAACCCUCUUACAAGCCUAGACCAGUAUACAAACCAAGACCCUCCUAUCAUGCAAGGCCGAAACCUCAGUAUAAACCAUCUUUUGGUCCUCCUGUAACAUCAUACAAACCUGUAGCAAAGCCUUCCCCAAAACCAGCAGAAUCCAGUUAUCAGCCAGCAGCAGAGGAAGCAGCUGAUGAAUAUGGAUCUCCACAAGCACCAGCCUCUGAAUAUUCUGAACCAGCAGAGGAAGCAGCAGAUGAAUAUGGAUCACCUCAAGCACCAGCCUCUGAAUAUACUAAACCAGCAGAGGAAGCAGCAGAUGAAUAUGGAUCUCCACAGGCACCAGCCUCUGAGUAUUCUGAACCUGCAGAGGAGACAUAUGCAUCUCCAGCAGAGCUCCCUUCAUACUCUCAAGAUUCAAUUGAACCCUCUGCUUAUAUACCUGAUACACCUACCAUCACACCCUUUAAAGGUCCUACAGAUGUUUUUAUGAUUCCUGCUGCUUUUGGAGAAUUUCCAGAUUUUUUUAAACCAUCCUUCCCAUCCUUGGAACCUACUUUUGAUGCAAAUGCAUUUGAGAGUUUUAAAGAUACAGGCUCCAGAUACAGUCAACCAGCUGCAGCACAACAACCUAGUUAUAACACCCCUAAACAAUCCCCUCAACCUAGCUACAAUCCUCCAGCUCAACAACCUAGCUACAAUCCUCCAGCUCAAGAACCAAGCUACAAUCCUCCAGCUCAAGAACCUAGCUAUAGUCCUCCCACAGAAGAACCUAGCUCCAAUCCUCCCGCAGAAGAACCUAGCUAUGAUCCUCCCGCAGAAGAACCAAGCUAUAAUCCUCCAGUAACAACAAAACCAAGUUACUCACCUCCCAAACCCAGCUAUGCUGCUCCUAAACCCAGUUACUCUGCACCCAAACCAAGACCAAGCUAUUCACCACCCAAACCAAAACCAAGCUAUUCACCACCCAAACCAAGACCAAGCUAUUCUGCGCCAAAACCUUACUCUUCACCUGAACCUAAAUACCCUGCUCCUGAUCCUACAACAACCACCACAACUUCCCCUCCUCAGACAUCAAGCUAUCCCCUUCCUGCUUCCCAACCUACCUAUUCACAACCAGGUUCUCAAUCAAGCUAUUCAACAUCUGCCCCUGAACCAAGCUACUCUGAACCACAGGACACUUACAGUAACUUUGAAUAUGAUGAAGCAGAAGAGGAAGCACCUGAUUCUUACGGAAAUCCAAUAGCUCCUGCUUACAACUUUGAGGAGACAGAGGAAGAUGUCUCUGAAGCAGAAGAGUCCUAUGGAAGUCCUCUUGCUCCUGCGUACAACGCUGCUGAAGACAGUGGAUCAUCCAACGGAAAGCGUCAAACUGGGUUGUUUAUGCCAGACAUCUGGGGGAUGUUUAAAGAUGAGUGGGGCCAGAGAUUGUCACGUCGUCAAGGAUUCUCAUCAUAAAUUGAAACAUUUCAGAAUUCUAAUCAGCUCUGCAGAACAUGAUUGUUAAAAACAACAUAAAUUAAAUUCCAAUCAAUCGUUUUUUUGCGGAUUAUACAAUCCUCUGGCUCCCCAUACAAUCAUCUCCCUAUAUUGCACUUCCUUAGACAUAUACAGAAAUAUCAAUCAAUUUACUAGUAACUGCGUUUCUAGUAAAUAUUUUUAAAGCAAAUUUAUCUGCAUCAAAAUAGCUGACAAUAACAGAAGAUUUAAACUCAAUUUUAGAAUCGGAAAGGUGCCAUUCUUUUAUUUUUUUAACUUGUUAAACAGGAAAGGCAAAAUAUUAAGCAGGAUGCUCACAUCUCUUUGAGGAUUUUUAAUUGGUCUCCGAAAAGCAUUGUAACUCCAGAACUGCCGAAAUCUUCUUACACAAAAUUACGAGUAGGAUCUCAAUAUCUAAGUCAUUUAAAAAGAUUUAACUCUGAAUGGAAACUAACUCUGAUCCUAAAAAGUAGUUCUGUACGAUUCGUGAAUCAAAGAAAAGUGUUUUUCCAUAAGAUUGUUAAAAAUGUUAUUUAUGUUGAUUUAUAGGUUAUGUCGUCGUAAUACAUUUAUGUUAUAUUUUUUUGAUCAUUUAUAAUAAAAUCUUUAAAAGAAUAUCCAAUAUAGUCAUUUACAUGA